UCUGGAAUCUGGAUGCGGCUUGAGAAAGGUCAAAAAGGUUAAUUAUUAUUUUGGAGAGGACUACGUAGAGCCGUAAUUUACGCUUUAUUAAAUUAAAUCAGUUUCAUCAAUAUGGUCGUAAAGUAUAAAAUUGUUAUGAUUCGCCACGGUGAAAGUGAGUGGAAUCAGAAAAAUCUAUUUUGUGGAUGGUAUGAUGCUGACCUCAGCGACAAGGGACGCGAGGAAGCACUGUCGGCUGGUAAAGCUCUUAAAGCCGAGGGCUAUCAAUUCGAUGUUGCUCACACUUCAGUUUUGAAACGGGCUCAAGUUACAUUGAACACUAUUCUCCAAGAGAUAAAUCAAGCCGGUAUUCCUAUUAAUAAAACUUGGCGGUUAAAUGAGCGUCAUUAUGGUGGUCUGACCGGACUUAACAAAGCAGAAACUGCAGCUAAAUAUGGUGAAGCUCAGGUUCAAAUUUGGCGCCGUAGUUUUGAUACACCUCCUCCAGCAAUGGAGAAAGAUCAUCCAUACUAUGACACCAUUGUCAACGAUCCCCGUUAUGCUGGAGACCCAAAGCCAGAUGAGUUCCCAAUGUUUGAGAGCCUUAAACUUACAAUUGACAGAACUCUGCCAUAUUGGAAUGAUGUCAUAGUACCACAGAUUAAGGAAGGCAAGAAGAUAAUAAUUGCAGCUCAUGGAAACAGUCUCAGAGGAAUUGUGAAGCACUUAGAAGGCCUCUCGGAUGCUGCUAUAAUGGAACUUAACCUGCCCACUGGAAUACCUUUCGUCUAUGAAUUAGAUGAGAACAUGAAGCCAGUAGAUUCCAUGGUUUUCCUUGGAGACGAAGAAACAGUGAAAAAAGCUAUGGCCGCUGUUGCUGCUCAGGGCAAAGCAAAGUAGAUGAGAUUAAUGCAUAGGUAUAUUUAUGUUUGUUGUAAGCAAUGAAGCGGAACUAGUCCCGAAUCUCGGAUUGUGCGCAAAUGAAUAAUGACAGUUACAAAUUAUUAUUAUUAUUUAUUCAUAUUAUGUAAUUGUUGAAUAAAACUAUUUGAUCAUCAA